CGUGCCAGGGAGCUCCCUGUUGGGUGAUGAGGUGGGUGGGGCAAGGGCAUAGUGUUGAAAAAGGGAGCCCGGCACUCGAAAGCCACUGGCUACCCACAUAGCCCGCAGCCCACGCCGAGGUGCAGGGAGUCUGCAGGGAUCCUCGCUGCCCGAGGACCUAGAGCUGAAGGGAGCGAGCGAGGCGGGCGGCGCAGACUCCCCGGAGCCCGGCUCCGGGCUGGACGUUGUGUUUUCCCAGCAGCAGCUGGACUGCCUGGGACUCCGACACCUACCGCGCUCAGCUUUCCUGGGGACAUCUCCCAGAGGGCGUGCCGAGACAUGGAGGGCGCAGACCUGGCGGUGAAGCUCCUGUCCACCUGGCUGACGCUGGUGGGCGGCCUCAUCCUUUUACCCUCGGCCUUCGGAUUAUCCCUGGGCAUCUCUGAGAUCUACAUGAAGAUCCUGGUGAAAACCUUGGAGUGGGCCACAUUACGAAUUCAGAAAGGAGCUCCUAAGGAGUCAGCUCUUAAAAGCUCAGCCUCUGUGGGUAUUAUCCAAAGAGAUGAGUCACCCAUGGAAAAAGGGCUCUCUGGUCUUCGAGGAAGGGACUUCGAGCUCUCUGAUGUGUUUUAUUUCUCCAAGAAGGGAUUGGAAGCCAUUGUGGAGGAUGAAGUGACCCAGAGGUUCUCCUCCGAGGAGCUAGUAUCAUGGAACCUCCUCACAAGAACCAAUGUGAACUUUCAGUACAUCAGUCCGAGGCUCACCAUGGUGUGGGUGCUGGGUGUCCUAGUACGCUAUUGCAUCCUGCUACCUCUGAGGGUUACCCUGGCUUUCAUUGGGAUCAGCUUGCUGAUUAUAGGAACUACACUGGUUGGCCAGCUUCCAGACAGCAGCCUCAAAAGCUGGCUAAGUGAACUGGUGCAUCUGACCUGCUGCAGGAUCUGUGUUCGGUCCCUGUCCGGCACCAUCCAUUACCAUAACAAGCAGUACAGACCCCAGAAGGGGGGCAUCUGUGUCGCCAAUCACACUUCUCCCAUCGAUGUCUUAAUCCUGGCCACGGAUGGGUGUUAUGCCAUGGUUGGGCAGGUUCACGGUGGAUUGAUGGGGAUCAUUCAGAGAGCCAUGGUUAAGGCUUGUCCUCAUGUCUGGUUUGAACGCUCAGAAAUAAGAGACAGACAUCUUGUGACUAAGAGAUUAAAAGAACAUGUUGCUGAUAAGAAAAAGUUACCCAUUCUAAUCUUCCCAGAAGGUACCUGCAUCAAUAAUACUUCCGUCAUGAUGUUUAAAAAGGGAAGCUUUGAAAUUGGAGGAACCAUAUAUCCAGUGGCAAUAAAGUAUAACCCCCAGUUUGGCGAUGCCUUCUGGAACAGUAGUAAAUACAACUUGGUGAGCUACUUGCUUCGAAUAAUGACCAGCUGGGCCAUUGUCUGCGAUGUGUGGUACAUGCCUCCCAUGACCAGAGAGGAAGGAGAAGAUGCGGUUCAGUUUGCAAACAGGGUUAAAUCCGCCAUCGCUGUACAAGGAGGGCUGACUGAACUUCCCUGGGAUGGAGGGCUGAAGAGAGCAAAGGUGAAGGAUACCUUUAAGGAAGAACAACAGAAGAAUUACAGCAAGAUGAUUGUGGGCAAUGGAUCGCCCAGCCUGGCCCUGGACUGAAGCACUGUGGAGAAACAUGGCUUCCCAGAACUGGCCUUCAGAAGCGAAAGAUUAGAACAUUGUUUUGUUGGGUUGUUUGUUCAUUGUUAAUUUUUUCUAUUUGAUUGUCUCUGUCCUCAUGCCAGAGGCUGAACCUAUAACAGGUAUCCUUUUUGACAUUUUUGUUAUUGUGUUGGCUCAAUGAAUUGUAAGGCCGAUUCUUGAGUGGAAACAGACUUUUAUAAAAUGACGAUGUUGUUGAUGAUUGAAUGAAAUCUUUGUGUGGAGAAAAAGUGCUUCUAGAAUAUGUUUGGAAUUUGUUAAUAGGAUAAUUCUCAAUAAUGACUCCAAACUCUGUAAAUUUGAUUUCCCUUUCCUUAAUCUUUUUUAUUUUUAUUAUUAUUAUUUUUUUAAAGACAGGAUCUUAUUUAUAUAGCCUAGGCUGGCUUCAAACUCACUAUGCAACCAAGACUGGCUAAGAACUGACUAUCCUGGCUCCACUUCCCACUCACUUGGAAAUACCAUAGGGCAUUUCCAUUAUGGUUACAUUCUGCUAUCAGGUUGGAAGAAAAAUGGGAGAUUAUUUUUAGGGAAAGGACAAAUUUGUGGUUACCUGAUCUAAAAGGAAUGGAAUGGAGAUUAUUUUUCCUCAGGUGUUGGAGGAGCGGUUGCUGAUUGAUCAGAUUCAUUUAAGAGCCGUGAGGAGUGGUGUAUUUCAUCCAGCCACAGUGGAAACACCACUGUUAGCUUUUCUUGUUUUUUGUAUGCUAAAGAUUUCUCUUGUCUUAUGAUUGUUAUUUUUUGUUUGUUUGUUUGCUUUGUUUGUUUUUGUGACAAAAUGAAAUUUUCGAAGGGAAGGAACCUUUAAAAUAAAGAAUCACACUCUGUAGAUGCAAGGGGGAGCUAUGCGGAGCUUGCCUCCUGUCUGCCCUACCCCCAACCUCAUUGUAGCAGUUUAGCCCCAAACUCCCCGGCCUUGUCAGCAGAAGACUAAAUGGUAUGACUACCUUUUGGAAACUGAGCCUUAACAUUUUUUUUAAAAGGGGAAACAAGCAUUCUCCGAGUCCAAUAGCAUGAGCUAUAUUUGAUAGCAAUCUAUUACUGCUGUGAGCUCUUGAGGCAAUUAGCUCGAGAGCAACCCUGUAUAGAAAGCGAACUGUCUUACUGACUAUGAAUAAAUUUUAUAUUUUUAAACGA